CGUUCGGAGUGCGGCCGUAAUGACUGAACUAGCGGCGCAGCUUUGCGAGGCGCUGCGCGGCGAGGAGGAGGCGGCGACGGUGGAAGCCCUGCUGAAGCAGGGCGCGGACCCCAACCUCGUGCUGCCCGAGGGCAUCGCUGCCGUGCACCUGGCCGCGGGCAAGGAGCGGGAGAGCGGCGUGCGCUGCCUGCAGCUCGUCCUGCAGUAUGGUGGGGACCCUAACGCCAGGUCUGCUGAGGAGCUCACACCCUUGCACGUAGCGGCCUCCUGGGGAUGUUACAAGUGCUUGAAGCUGCUGCUGAGGAAAGGAGGGGACCCUGACCUCGAAGACCAGGAUGGAAGCCGAGCCAUCGACUUGGCCAUGGAGCAGGGCAACACCAUGUGUGUGCAAAUCCUGCAGGACUUCCAGCGUGCCCAGGCCUGGCCCGUGUGUCUGCGCCGGCCCCAGUUCAGCCCCGAUGGGCCGGGCAGAGCCGGGAGCCCCCCCCAGCCCCUGACCGCCGACAGCACAGACUGCAGUGUCUUCUCCCAGCUCUCUGAAGCCAGCUCAGCCCCGCCAAGCAGCACGCAGAAGUGGCUGCCGAAUGGGAGCCCCAGAGAGAUGGGGCUGGAUGUUGCCUUUCCAGAUACCACAGGGAGGCCCCGGAGCCAAGUGGAGCCUCCACCCACGUGGUUCUGCUUCUCCACCCGCCCGGACAUGGGCGCCCGUGGCCAGCCGGCCUGGCCCCAGCCGCUGCUGUGCAGCACGCUACUCUCCACCAGCAGUGGGCCUCGGGGAGGGGCUUGGAGUCUCCCUGCAGCCCCCGAGGAAGAGCCGGCAGAGGCUGAGGACAGCUUGGCACAGCUUGGCACCCUCCAGCCCUGGCACUGCCCACACGGCAUGCAGCGACUGGGACCCCGGGCAGCGCUGCAUGCGGGGGAAGCCCUGUGGGAUGAGACUGUGGUCGUCCACUCACCGCGGCAGCCUGGCAACACGCACCAAACGCCGGGCAGUGCCAGUCCCUGCGGGUCCCACAGCCUGCUUCCCUCCUGCAGCAGUCGGGAUACAAGGGAACCCUGCCCCGUGCCCCACAGCCUGGCUCAGCUGGAUGGCUUCCUCGAUCCAGCCACAGGGGACUGGGAGGGGCUGGAUGCCACGUCUCCCGACCACGCGUACCUCUUCUGCUGGGCGCACUCCACUGCCCUCCACGACCUGGACAAAACAGUGAUGGUCCCUGCAUCGCUGGAGAAAGCACCCGAGAUUUCAUCUGGGCCCUUGAAGAGCAGCAGCAGCCAGUACAGCAGCUGCGACAGCGAGUGCUACAUCAGCACUGUGGAAGCAUCCGACCCCGCGGAGGCCGGGAGAGACGGGCCUGCCAGCAAGGAUGCAUGGGGUACUGGCAGGAGCGUGUGGCAGUGCCCAGGCAAGCAGCUGGUGCUUGGCCCCCAGGGACAGAGCUUAAAAACGCCGGCUUUGGGGAGGGCUUUUGUGCAGGACGUGCCCCCCUCCUGGUUGCAGCUGGCAGAGGUGGCAGGAGGGAGUGCAGGGGAUGUCUGCCAAGGUGCCCAUUGCUUUGGACAAAGUGGUGGAUUGAGGCCUGCUGGAAAGCCAGCCUUGGUACUCCAUGCAGGCAGCACUGAGAACAGCCCGUCUCCCUGCUGUGUGGGGUCACAAAGUCCCACCCAGACACCACAGCACAUAGAGCCUGUGGAGCAUGGGCCUCGCCAGGGCAGCAACAGAGCCACAAGCCUCUCAUUGCCUCGGGCAUCGUGUUGCUUGGCCCCGGCUGAUCUGGGCACUGAGGACUCUGGUCCGGGGAAAGCCCAUCCGUCUGGGGACUGCAGGCUGGGUAUGGUGGAAUCGGCCACGCUGGGUCAGCUGGAGGGGAGGCAGCUAUGCACACACCACAGCCCCGCUGCACGGGCAAGCCCCAGGUGUGGCCAGGGGAGAAGGGAAGGCCAGAGCCAGGCAUGGGGUCUAUCUGCAAGGGGCUCUGACCUGGGCAUGGUGGACACAGUGCCCCUGAGCAGAGCCACGGCUGGCACAGCGGACACGGUGCCCCUGAGCAGAGCCACGGCCAGCACAGCGGACACGGUGCCCCUGAGCAGAGCCACGGCUGACACGGUGCUGCUGAGCAGAGCCACGGCCGGCACAGCGGACACGGUGCUGCUGAGCAGAGCCACGGCGGACACGGUGCCCCUGAGCAGAGCCACGGCCGGCACAGCGGACACGGUGCUGCUGAGCAGAGCCACGGUGGACACAGUGCCCCUGAGCAGAGCCACGGCCGGCACAGCGGACAUGGUGCUGCUGAGCAGAGCCACGGCGGACACAGUGCCCCUGAGCAGAUCCACAGCCGGCACAGCGGACACGGUGCUGCUGAGCAGAGCCACGGCGGACACGGUGCCCCUGAGCAGAGCCACGGCCGGCACAGCGGACACGGUGCCCCUGAGCAGAGCCACGGCCGGCACAGCAGACACGGUGCCCCUGAGCAGGGCUGGAGAAAGUAUUGAUGGGGAAGAAAGCGAAGCCACUGCCCUGCUGCUCCAGCACCUGGGCAGCCCUGACUCAGCUCCCAAAGGCACCUCCUUUGCCAACUCGACCAGGACGCCGAGGUCCUCUUCGUUACCACCGUGCCCGGCGCAUUGCCACAUCACACCCCGCACCAAGAGCCGCCUGAACGCCUCCACAGCACGUGGCAACAGCUCUUCCUCCUCCUCCUCCCUCUUUGACAAGACGCUGGAGCUGCCGCAGCGGCCCCAGAGAGUCAGGAGACCCCCGGAGACAUCCCGCAUGCCAGUCAGCCAGGCUGGGGGGCUCCUGGAGAGCACACGUGCCUCUCAUUGGGAAGCAGCGGGGUCGGGCAGCCUGGAUGAGACGGUAGUACUACUGCCAGCCACCAGCCUGCCAGCAGCAUCUGGGCAGAGCACUGCCCCCAGUACCAGCCCCACGGCGCUGCAGAGCCCUGCUGGGGUCACCUGCCUCCACGCCCCCGAAACCACUGGUCUGCGCCCACCCAGAAUGGAGCAUCCCAGUACCGCCGGCCCCGCUAGCUCCUCUCCAGGCCCAGGAGAGAGUUCUUGGCUGACGGAGGAGGACUGCACUGAGUGCCCGGGGCUGGGGGCUCCCGUCAGGCCUCCCGCCACCAUGACCUCCACUCAGGACUGGUUUGGCAGUGAGUUGGGCAGUGGGGAGCCCAGCCAGAGCCUGGCACAAGGGCUUGGUGGGCUGCAGCCAGGUGGGAAGAAGCCAUUGUCACGCUCACGGGUGAGCUUCAGCAGGCUGUCUGCUGCAAGGCCUGCUUUGACACCGCCUGGCUCUGGGAGGCUCAGCCCAGUGCCAGACAUGGGCGACCCGGGCAUCCCACUCUCCCCCGGCGGGCGACCCGUGAGCCAGGGGGCCGGCGAGGCGGUGGAGUACCUCUACCUGGACGAGGAGAAGGGUCAUGCCCUCAUCGAGCGCCACGUCCCCCCCACGGACAACACCUCCUGUGCUGACACCAGCUCCGAGGACACCAUCAUCUACGACUGGAGGGCCUGCGCAUCCCAGCGGGGUGCCAAGGAGAACCGGCUGGCGCCCACCUGCUCCGACGAGGCCUUGCUGCAGAAGCUGCGGAAGCUGGGGGCCGACCCGGGGCCGGUCACGGACUCGACGCGCAACCUGUACGUGCAGCAGCUCGACAGGCUGCAGAGCAGCCCCAGAGCCCGGGCCGGCAGGGGCGCGACAGGACACAGCCCUGAGUUGUCGGCAGCACUGGAGACCCUGCAGAUCCCCGACUGCCAGGCAGACGAGGUGGCACUGGCUGCCCAGUUCGACCAGCCCGACAAGGCCCGGAAGUGGCGGGAGGGCGUGCUCAAGUCCAGCUUCAACUACCUGCUCCUAGACCCCAGGGUGACCCAGAACCUGCCCCUCCGCUGCCACGUGCUGAGCCCGGCCGAGUGCUUCCAGACCUUCGUCCGCGCCAUCUUCUACGUGGGCAAGGGGAAGCGUGCGCGCCCCUACUGCCACCUCUACGAGGCCCUGGCGCACUACCGGGGAGGCAAGAAGCAGGCCUGCGCCAAGGUGCGGCACAUCCUGGACAUCUGGGCUGGCGGGCAGGGUGUGGUGUCGGUGCACUGCUUCCAGAACGUCAUCCCCGUGGAGGCGUACACGCGGGAGGCCUGCAUGGUGGAUGCCCUCGGGCUGGCGAUGCUCACGAACCAGAAGAGGGGCAACUGCUACGGCGUGGCGGCCGGCUGGCUCCCGCGGCGGCGCCGGCGCCUGGGCGUCCACCUGCUGCACCGGGCCCUGCAGAUUUUCCUGGCCGAGGGGGAGCGGCAGCUGCGUCCUGCCGACAUCCAGGUGGGGCAGUGAGGAGCCCCUGGCCACACGUACCCCACCCCAUGUCCCCAGGGCAGCUGCAGCCCCAGGGAAGGGGACACAUCCUGCUGCUAGGGCUGGGGGCACCAGUACGUGGGGCUGCUGCUUCCUGGAGGGCGGCAUCAAGCUGCGCUUGGCCCCCAGACACAAAGGACCCCACAGCUGCUGUCCUGUCUGCAAGGGGCAGGUUUGAAGCAUUAAGACAUGAGCCUCUGCCCCGAGGCCCUGGGGUGCUCUGGAGAUGGGCACGUCAGCAGGGCUCGGGCUAGCACUACUCUCUUCUGCACAAU